AUGCAACCAUCAUCAACCUCAUCCUCACCGUCAUAUACUUCCGAUCGUCGUCUUUCAAAGAAACUAUCUCUGCGUGAGAUCGAGGAUUGGCGCGAGAUCGAGGAUUGGUGUCUGACUGGAGGCAAGGGUGGUAUUGUGUUUUCAUUAUUCGUAUUACUAUUGCUCCCUAAGACGGUUGAAGGGAAAAAUUGUAUGUAA